UUCUUAAAAGAUAUAUUAGUAGAUAAAAAAGUCAUAGAUUGGGAACUUGGAUACGCAAUGACCAUUCAUACUAGUCAAGGAAAGACUCUUAAGUUACCACAACGUAUUUGGGUCAUUGAUGAAAACCUAGCCUGGGAUAAUCUAAUAUAUUUGGCAGUUGGUCGUGUAGAAUAUUUAAGCCAACUCAUUCGGGUUGAAGCACCUCCAUUACCUCCUGAAAUUGCCCAAGAGAUUGAGGAGGCAAAAAAGAAAAAAUGGCUAGAACACGAAUUGAGGCCGUCUAUUCAAGAAAAACUUAUCAGAUAUAUGGGCCAGGAUAAAGAAAAAGGCCGUGAAUUUGAUCUAACAGUCGACUAUAUUCUUACAUUAAAACAUAUUCAAGAAGACAAAUGCGUAUUAUGUCUUAUUGAAAUGAAAUUCGAAUGGGAUCAGCCAGAAGAUAUAUCCCAGUAG